UACAGCAGCAGUGAAGUUGACCAGGCUGACAUGUUGUCCUCUCAAGCUUUUCUUUUACUGCACUGAUCAGCUGUCAGACUUUACUGAACCACCAGUACCGCUGACAGGAUGGAUCUGGAAGAGUGGAGGUAUAACUUCCAGAGCGAAGCUGACGGUCUCCUGCAUGGAGACACCUGGAAUCUGGAGUUUGAUUACAGUAUUCAGCCCGAACGUUCUCAGCGUGGAUGGAAGGAGUACAUCACUCGGACCAGUGCAAGGUUUUGGUGCAGCCUGUGUCCAAGGGGCUGGCCCUCCAACCGAGUGAUGGUGCUCUUCCACAUGCGUCUGAAGGGCCGCACGGGCACCGUCAAAGUGAGGGGCUUCGGUCAGAGCUGCCAGAACUGCAGCGAUGCCCAGAUGGAGGAUCCUAGCAUAGACCCGGAGAACAUCACUAUCCUCAUGAAGAACUUGGUGACGAAGAUUCGAAUUAAGUGCUAUAAAGAAGGCCUGGAUGUCUUUGAAUACCAUCAAAUCAACCUUGAAGUCAACAGUUCCCACGAUCCUGACAACUGCGAGGGAUGUCGUGAAGGGAUCUGUACAAACUAAAUUGCGAGGCUUCAUGAUUGCAUAAUUUUGUGCCGUUGCUUUUGGCAUUGCUUGUAACUCAGUUUCUUGAUAAAUGGACCUAAAAAUAUUACCUUGCCCAGAUUUAAUAUCCUGGGGGGGUGGGGGGUGUUGCUU